UACUGAUCUCUUCCAACUUAUUAAUCUCUCGAGGAUCAUGAGACUGAUUUCGUGAACUGAGUUGAUGGAAAACAUGGGGGAUUCGAGCAUAGGGUCGGGCCAUCCGCAUCUCCCUCCCGGGUUUCGGUUUCACCCGACUGAUGAGGAACUAGUGGUUCAUUACCUUAAGAAGAAAGCUACUUCUGUUCCACUUCCGGUCUCAAUCAUUGCCGAGAUUGAUCUUUACAAGUUCGAUCCUUGGGAGCUUCCAAGCAAGGCGAGUUUUGGAGAGCACGAGUGGUACUUCUUUACUCCUCGGGACCGGAAGUAUCCGAAUGGGGUUAGGCCGAAUCGAGCAGCAACUUCCGGUUAUUGGAAAGCCACUGGAACAGAUAAACCGAUAUUUACGUGCAAUAGUCACAAGGUUGGCGUCAAGAAAGCGCUUGUUUUUUACGGUGGAAAACCUCCUAAAGGGAUAAAAACAGAUUGGAUCAUGCAUGAAUAUCGCCUCACCGAUGGUAACCUUAGCACCACGCCUAAGCCACCUGACAUAGCCACGACAAGGAAAAACUCACUACGGCUAGACGAUUGGGUUCUAUGUAGGAUCUAUAAGAAGAAUAGUUCACAACGACCAACUAUGGAGAGAGUAUUACUAAGAGAAGAUCUAAUGGAAGGAAUGCUCUCAAAAUCAUCUGCUAAUUCUUCUUCCACAUCAGUUCUAGACAACAACGACAACAACAAUAAUAACAACAACAACAACAACAACAACAGCAACAACAGCAACAACAACAACAACAACAACGAGGAACACUUUUUCGACGGUAUGGUCGUCUCUUCAGACAAACGUUCGUUGUGUGGUCAGUACCGGAUGGGUCACGAGGCCUCGGGAUCAUCUUCAUUCGGAUCUUUCCUAUCGAGCAAAAGGUUUCAUCAUACAGGUGAUCUCAACAAUGACAACUACAAUGUCUCUUUUGUUUCAAUGCUUAGUGAGAUUCCUCAGAGUUCGGGAUUUCAUGCAAAUGGAGUUAUGGAUACGACGUCGUCACUAGGUGAUCAUGGGGUUUUAAGACAGGCGUUUCAGCUUCCUAACAUGAAUUGGCACUCGUAAUCUAUAUAGAUAUGUAUGUAUGUAUUAAUGCACAUAUAGUUUACACAGAUAUCAUCUCUGGGAAUAUAUAUAUACACACAUACACACUCACACGAUCUCACAUAUGUAUACGUAUAUGUUUAUAGUUUACGUAAGAAAGGUGUAUACGUUUCUUUUAACUCCAUAGUUGCAAGAUGUAUACUAAUAACAGAAGCUAAUACUGAUAGUAUACUUUUCCCUAGAUAAGUUACCUAUAUUAAAUAUGCUACACGUUUAUGU